CUUUUUUAUUACUGAAUGGGGGGCUGGUGCUGGUCCUGUGUUGUGGGAGUGGGACAAUAAAAGAGCAGAUACACCUGUGACUCUCAGCAUCAAAGAAGUCACCAUGGACCAGAGCAUCACCUGGACGGCUGUGGUGCUUAUUUUAACAGGCAUGUGUGUAGGUGAGGGUAUAUUACCACCAGGCCCGCUGAGUGGAGCUGUGGCAGGCGCAGUGAAGUUCACCACCACCCUCAAACCUCCUGAGAAACCCUUCCUGUCAGUCAGCUGGAGCUUCAAAGGGGUGAACAUCAUCACCUCCACCAGCGUCAACGUCACUGAUCCCGGACAUGCCGACAGGAUUUCAUUAGACAGGGCCACGGGGGCCUUAGAGCUCAGAGGCCUGGUGUUGGAGGACAGCGGGGAGUACACCAUCACCAUCAUACCAGACGGAGGGCUGCAGAAACUGGGCACGACCACUCUGAAUGUGUUUGCACCGAUAACCGGAGCCACCAUCCGCAGCCCUGCAGCCACCCUGAUUGAAGACAAAAGCUCAACCAACCUCACAUGUGAGGCCUCCGGCUCAAUCAGCACGAGGGUGUGGUUAAAAGAUGGCCAUCCUCUUCCGCCCAGUGACAGAGUCAGCUUCUCCAUAGACAAGAGAGCUGUGUUCAUACGACCUGUUCAGAGCUCCAACCACGGCACGUACCAGUGCCGGGUCAGCAACCCAGUCAGCUCCAUGACUGCCAGCUAUAAUCUCACGGUCAACUUUGGACCACAUAACAUUUCAAUUAUUGGACCAGCAGAAGCCUCACCUGGCCACAGAGUGAUGCUGCAGUGCACAGCAGACUCUGUUCCACCAGCAAACUUCAGCUGGUUGUUUAAUGGCAACGAGACACAAGUGAAUACCUCCUCGUAUAUUAUAGAGAGACUGGGGGAGGAAAACAUCGGGAAUUACACUUGCACUGCCAGUAAUUUGGUCACAAUGAUGGAAAACUCCACCAUUAUCUAUCUGAGAGCAUCCUGUGCUGCUCCCUGCUGGUCGUUCUCAGUGUUGGUCAUCAGCACGCUCGCUCUGAGAAGGUUAAUAUGACGAGAGAUUUGCUGCAGUCCAGUGACCUCAACUUCUGACUGUGGCCUCCAAUUAAAUAUCACCCAGAAAAGAUAAACAAAUAAAUAAACAAAAUCAAAUGUUAUGUAGACCCAACAGACGCUGAUGCUGCAGCUUGUGAUUCCUUCUGGAGAAUUCCACAUUGAGAUAAAAACAAAUUGUCUAACCUGUUGCUAUUGUGAAAUAAUGUGAAAUGUGAAAUGUAUUUUUCUAAUAGAGCACUUAUAGUCCUCUGUAUUAAACCAAGGGUCAUUGUGGUUUAGUUAAAAUGAACUCAUAAUUCAUCACCAUUAUUUUUGUCCUUGAGUAUAUGGAGUAUAUGUGGGUGUACGUGUUUAGUUUGGUCCUGAUACACUUUGGCCUCAAGCUGACAGUGAAUAUGUGGCUGAUAGAUGGCUAGUUGCUUAGAGUUGGAGUUUCCCUACUGGGUCACAAAAAGUUUCUCUGUCGAGCAUUCAUUAUGACUUUGAUGCAGUUUUUAGUCACCACAAUCCACACUGGGCUGACCACACCUUUUCUGAAUGUCUCCACUCUUGUCUGUCAAUACUGUAACAUCAAACUGAGGAAAUACCUCAGUAGAAGCCAAUGUCUGUUACAGUUCACGCGAUAAAACAAAAUUGAAAUAUGAAAUAAAAAAGUUGUGCUGCUUGUUAAGAUAUAUAUAUAUAUAUAUAUAUAUUUUAUUUUAUUUUUUUUUUUUACACAUUUUCCAGUAUCUGGUCUCACUUCAGUGGUGGUCAGAGAUUGUGUAGGGGAGUUGCCUGUCACUUAAGGAAGACAAAAGUAGAAUGCAAUCUCAAAAUUCUCCAAAAGGCAUAAAAAGAUUCAGUAACACUUUCUAUGAAGGUUGUACUUAUAAUGCCCUAUGAAUGCACUCAUAAUGUUUUAUAAGGUGUCUAUAAAGCAUUAUAAUGGUCAUUAUUA